UUUUUAAAAAAAAAUUAUUCGCCAUGUAGUGCGCGACUGACCGUAGCCUUAAUAAUUUCUGGACUGACCGUAGCCUUAAGACCGAUGAAAGUGGUUCACCUUGAACCGAAAGUGACGCGGCAUGACGCGGCAGUCGGCCGGCAACCGUCGAAUGUAUCACGUGUGUUGAGUUUGAUGUGUAAGAUUAUUUUUGUUGUAAAAGUUUGAGUAAAGUGAGUCCCCGAAACCGUGUG